GGGGCUGCCGGAGAGGUGCGCGAUGGGCGCCAAGCGGCGCGGGGUCGCGGCGGCGGCGGCGGCGGGGCCGAAGCGCGGGAAACGGGAGGCGCGCGCCGAGCUCUGCGCCGCCCUCAGGGACGCGGCGCUGCGGGAGCGGGCGGCGGCGGCCUGGGGCCGCGGGGAGCCGCUCCGCCACGGUACGGCGGCGGCGGCGGUGGAACCGGCCCCGUUCCGGCACGGCGUCAUCCCCGGCUUCCUGGCGGGCCCGGCCUUCGCGGAGGCGCUGCGCGACGAGCUGCUGGGCCUCGGCUUCCGUCGGCGGAGCAACGACCUCCUCUCGCUGCGGCAGUCCGAGGAGCUGGGGGGAAGGCCGGAGCCCCACGUCGCCGCGCUGAGGCAUGCUCUGUGUGAAGAAUUCCGAGCGUGGCUUUCUGCUGUGACCCAGGUUGAGCUGGAACCAACUAUUGACAUCUCCUGUGCUAAAUAUGAAUAUACAGAUGUCUUGCUGUGCCAUGACGAUGAGCUGGAAGGUCGGAGAAUUGCUUUCAUCCUGUACCUCGUCCCACCCUGGGAGAAAAGCAACGGGGGAACGCUGGACCUGUAUAGCACAGAUGAACACUUUCAGCCACAGCAAAUUGUCAAGUCAUUAGUGCCUUCGUGGAACACGCUGGUUUUCUUUGAAGUGUCUCCAGUCUCCUUCCACCAGGUGUCAGAAGUUUUGUCUGAGGAGAAGUGCCGUUUGUCAGUGAGCGGCUGGUUUCAUGGCCCAUCAAUAGUCAGACCUACACGCCACAUUGAAGCUCCCUUGCCCAGGAGCCCACACAUCCCCUAUGAUCACGAAAUCUUGUAUGAGUGGAUCAAUCUAGUUUAUUUGGACAUGGACUCCCAAGCUCAAAUCCAGGAGGAAUUUGAGGAGCGAUCAGAAAUUCUCCUGAAAGAUUUUCUUAAGAAAGAGAAAUACCAACUACUAUGUGAAACUUUGGAGAACAAAGACAUCCAGUGGAGUAGCCGGGGGCCUGCCAAUAAAAGACUCUAUGAGACGGCAGAGGAAGACAGCCUCCCUGACAUCCUGAAGAAAUUCCUGCAGUUCUUACGCUCUGAGGCCUUGUUUUUACUGCUUUCCAACUUCACUGGCCUAAAGCUGCACUUCCUGGCUCCCUCUGAUGAGGAUGAAGAUGCUGGGGAAGGAAGAGCAGCAGAUACCACUGGGCACAGCAGUCCCAAACCUGAGCAGGAAGAGCCUGAACAACAUGCUGAUAGCAAUCCACAUCAGUCAGACCAGCCUGCCAACAUCCCUGAAGCACAAGACAGCGAGAUGCAGAACAGCUCAGAUACCCCCGUGUGUGCAGGGGAGCUGAGGCGCUGGACCCACAGGCACUAUACUCUAGUCCACGACACUUGGGCAACAGAAUUUGCUCUCGACCUGCUCUUCUUCUGUGGCUGUGAGGACUGGGAUCCAGAAUAUGGUGGCUUUACUUCCUACAUCGCUAAAGGUGAAGAUGAAGAGCUGUUGACAGUGAAUCCAGAGGACAACUGCUUGGCCUUAGUUUAUAGAGACAAAGAAACUAUGAAGUUUGUGAAAUACAUCAAUCAUCGUAGCUUGGCACGCCUGAAAAAGCAUCCAAACAGAACAGGAUUUUGGGAUUUUUCCUUUGUCUAUUACGAGUGACGGUGCAGAGUGUGACCAUCGUCACACAGAAAACAGUGGUGGGUGCAGGGCAGGUUUCUAUCCAGGCGUUCAGCUGGGGCCUGUCUAAGCCCAGAUAAACUUUGCCACUGCUAACUUCACCACACUGUCUACGAGCUGUACCCUACCACGUGGGGUCCGGGUGACUUUUUUAACUGUACAAAUGGAAAUCCAGUCUUCUCCUGAGCACAUUGUAACACGCACUCUCGACUGCUUUUAACGCUACACAGAGGGGGUCAUUGUCACACAGUUGACAGCUGCUGUGCCAGCUUUCCAGCUGUUCUCUCAUGGAAAUAGCACACAGGGGGAUGUGUCUAGUCUGUCAGGGUGAAAAUUACAACCGUGCAUUGCCCCAAGCUGAUGACUGACUUCUAUUAAAGAAAAAAAAAAAAAAAGGAAGUGGGUCAGUUAAAUGCUUCAAACUCUGGUUGGGCAAGUUUUGUUACAAAAUGCCCAAGACAUCUGCUGGGCCUUAACUGUGUUGACUGUUUGUAGAAAUAAAGGAGCUGCCAUGGGAAAUAAGAGGUUUUUCCAGCUGCACAACUCUGUGGAGUUGGGAAGGAAGAUGGUGAGGCUGUAAAGCUGCUGACGUUGAGAAGGACCUGGCACUCUAACAGGGAGCAGGACUUUAUUAUGCUAAAUGCUGGGCAGACAGACCCAGAUGCAGCCCUUUCUCCAAAGAAUUUACAAGCUAAAGAAAUGAGAGAAGAGACCUGCUCCUGCAUUUGUGAGUACGUGGAUGGAUGGCUGCUUCAGGUGUGAAAGGGUUGUGGCUCCAGCCUCAGAAAAGGGGCGGUGGGCUGGUAGCAGGAAGGUGGUAACUCACCUCUUCCUGGCUUGUCAUCCACAGGCAGCAGGAGGGUCGUUGACAGCAUGGCCUCACAUCAUAUUAGUUUUGUUCUGGGGUCUGCUGGGCUCCAGCGUGGCUUCUGUCACUGGAGAUCAGCUCGGGUCUUUCCAGGUAGCAGAUAGCCAGGUCUUGUGGUAAACAGUACAAGAAUGGCAGUAGUCUUGGUGCAAUAUACCCCCCCGCACAUGCCUUCAGUACGGUUCGCCUGCCCGACUGUCACCACUGAGGUGUCCACCCCACCAAGAGGUGCUGUUGCAGAGCUGUGCUCGUUGCUUCAGGAGGCAGCCAGAGUGCAGAACACCCUGCUGGAGGCUCAGCCCUGGCCUGCAUGUGCUUGCCUGAAACUUUUUUUGGCAAUCGAGAGAGACAGGUGUACUGUCACCUCAUCCAAGUCAGACAGCGCAGGCCAUGAGCUUGCAGUGAGCUGGGGAGAGUGUGCACAUUUCAUUCCUCCUGCUUCUCCUGGGUUGGGAGAGGGUAGAUACGCAUUAGUCUGCUGCUUCUCCAGUUCCAGGCCUGUUGUUGAAGACCACCACGGCAAUGUAAGACCACAGCUGGCAGCGGAAGAGUAGUGAGCUCAAAGCAAGGCUAGCUGUGUUGGCACAUGUGUACUCUGUGAAGGGUGCAGAGUGGGACAUCCCUUGGGCAUGCCUUCAUGAAGAUACAGGAGCAACAACCAUCAGCCGUGAUCCCAACACACAAGGUUCAAAAAAGGAACCACUGAAGCAUGAAGCAGCUGCCAUUGCUUCCAAAAUGAAAGGUGUCUCAGCCCUCACUGAUGCCAAAGCAAGGGGACAACACAGCUGCUUAGAGUGUGAUGCGCAGGAACUGUAUAGAUGCAGUGUCGGUUCAGUCCUGGACUAUGAGCAGUUGCUCAGUUCUAGCUUUUCCCUCCAUCACUGCUGGGCAGGGAGAACAGCUGGAACAUAGUUGCUCCAAGCUGCUAUUGCAACAUCUACACCAUCUUGUUCAUAUUCUGACUCGUCUCCCUAAGCUGGCUUCUCUGUGCAGUGCCAAGACUUUCUUGCUUGGUUUUAAUGUUCCUCUGCUACUGUUUUAAGCUACUUAAAAGACAAGGGGAUGAAGUUAAAACACAAGAACAGGGCACUCUUCAUGAAUCACUAGUUUCUGGGCAGCAGCUGUUCUUGGGGACAAAGUAGUUCUUAUUCUGAGCUGCCCCAGCAGAAAGUAAGUAAUGGAGGUUUCAAAGAAAAAAAAAAAAAGGAAAAAAAAGGAAAAUUGUUUGGGUAGUUUUGAACAAAGGUGACAAGUAUCACAGCUAUUCACAGCAUACUCAACUAGGCAAAGUUGGGAGUACAUUAAUUAACCAAACAAAAUUACUUAUUCUACUGCAUUAUCAGCCUAAGAGCGUGUUUGGUAGACCUUGGAACAGCCUCCCGGAAGACUGGGAAGAAGCUGGGCUCUCUGAAGCUUGCUGCUUUUUAAUAAUAAAUAAUACACUAGAGGGCAUACCAGCCUCUACUUGAGCAAGCCUGUAUCUAUCUAAUCACACACAGAACCACCCUUCUGCCUCUGGUGACUGAGAUGAAGUAAUUUAAGGAGCCAAAUUUGCAGUUAGCAUUCAAAGAUUUAAAAAUCAACACGUCUCUGCUCUCCUACCCUUCCUGCUUAGUCCCAAAA